CUGUCUUAUGCUUGGUGCCAUACAUGCCGUAAUUGCUGUCGCGCACUGCCAUGGCCAUGCCGAGUCACUGAGCAUACUCAUUGUCUCAGCCGCACAGCAAUACCUGAACCGGUCUGAGCGUCCAUUGGCAACCUGCCAAAUUAACGAGUCUUCCACAGAAGACACCCAAGACCAAGACCAAGACCAGUGUUGCGGCAGUGCCGCAACACACAGGUUUCAAAGUGCGAUAACAAGGAUAUAGACGCUAUCCACCAUGGACACCCUCCUACGCCACAAGUCAUUCCUCUUGACCAGUGCCUUCCUCUUACUCACUUCCAUUUUCACUGCUCGCUUGGACCCUCCGCAGGAAGACAUUGUUCCUGUGGAAUCACAUAUAAAGUCUGAGGGAAUGUUGCCUACUACGACCACCACGUCUCAUUCAAUGGAUCCUGUGUCACAAUCGUUGCUGACAUCCGGUACCGCGCCGCAUUCGACAGUAGAUUCCGAGGUGAUAUCUAACGUCGAUGCGGGGACACUUCCGCAUGCGACGAAGCUCGACCCCAAUUGUAUAUUCUGUAAGAUUGUAACCGGGGAAGCGCCGAGUUUCAAGGUGUAUGAGACGAAACACAGUCUCGCGUUUCUCGCUCGACCUCCUGUUUCCCAUGGGCACACGCUUAUCAUACCCAAAUAUCAUUCACGGACCUUGACGGAUCCCGGGCUCCCGGAUGAGUUCCUCGCGGACAUCGGUCCUAUAAUGAAGAAGAUAGCAGUGAUGAACGGUGAAGAUUCAUACAACAUCAUACAGAACAACGGCAGAUCAGCCUGGCAAAGUGUCGACCACGUGCAUUUCCACGUCGUGACCAAGCCAGAGAACGAACCUAACCAGGGACUCGUCCUGACACGAGAGAGUUGGCCUUCGUACGAUACGACCGAAGAAGAGUACGCUCGCGACGCUGCUCAUAUGAAGAAGAUUGGCAGGAAUCAUGGGUUUCCAGGUGUUUCGGAUCAGAAGUUGGAUCAAUAUGGGGUUUGAGACUCAUGGUAUGAUAUGCGGUUUCAGCGAUUGUAUCAUAGUGGGUUUUUUGACGUACAUUAUCGAUGGGAUGGAAGGUGUGGAAGUAGUAGUUUGGGUUUGUUGUCGUGCGAGGGGAUCUUUGGGAUCUGGUUUGAUCUUUCCCUUUCCUUGGCUGUCUGCAGAUAUCCGUCGUAAGACAAUAAACGUUAAACCCGGGCAGCCAAUGUAGUGUUACUUAUUUUAGUGGCCUCUUUAUAUGUAGCACACGAUACCAAUUAGUGCUUGAUGGCCAUGAUUGUGCUCGACA